GAAGAAAAGAAAUGGCGAUGCUCGGAGGGUUUAGCGCAGCACAGCACAAGAAAAACGUCUCUGACGGGAGCAGCGACGUGUCAGAAUUCGUCUGUCCAGUCUGUCUCGAAAUUUUCGAAAGUCCUGUAAAAACACAAUGCGGGCAUACGUUUUGCCAGAGUUGUCUGCAGGAGUGUUUGCGUCCACAGAAGCCUGUUUGUGCUGUAUGUAGGGCUGUCCUGGGUCACUGGACUAAAGCUGCUGACCUAGAAGCCCUCAUUCAAUCAUCUGUGGCGGCUUGCAAGGGAUGUGGAGCUCAGAUUGGCCUUUCUCAGAUGAGAAGCCACACAGCUACCUGUUCAAAAUACCAGGACUACAUUGAGGAGGGAGUGAGGACCACUGCCCAGAGCCAGCCUGCCAUCAUCAGUCCAGUGCCAAAUCGCUACACAUUCACCUGCCCAUACUGCAACUGCCAGAACCUCGAUCAGGACGGCCUGGUUGAACAUUGCACUUCCCAGCAUGCUCGAGAUGCACGCCAAGUUGUGUGCCCCAUCUGUGCCUCAAUGCCUUGGGGGGACCCUAACUAUAGGAGUGCUGACUUUUUCCAGCACCUGAAGAUCAGGCACACCUUCUCCUAUGAUACCUUUGUUGACUACUCCACAGAUGAGCACACAAUGAUCCAGGAGGCUCUACAGCGCUCCCUUUUGGACAACUGAAGUGUGAGGAACAAUCCACCAGAUGAGAGAUCCAGUGAAGUGAAGGGGAGAUGGUGAUGUGAAGUCUUGAAAAGACAGAACAACACACUUUAUCAUCAUUUAUCUAUCAUGAGGAUGGUGGUACCGAGUUACUAUGGGUAAUCAGUUUCACAGGGAAUUGGUAUUGUAACUAUGAAUCUAUAGGUUUAUUAUUCAGAUAAUAAAUCCCACAAUAUGGUUAAAACAAGCAUAUUGUACUGUCUGAUUUAGGAGUGAUACUGUGUUUCUGGUGUGAUGAUCUCUUAUCUUCCCCCAGUUGAGUCUGUAGAUUUGAUAGUUUCUUGAAUAUCUACUAAACUAUGUUUAUUAAGCUGUUCGUUCAUUGAUGACAUGGUGUCAUAUAGCCAAAAACUUCCAAAGUUCCAAUUAAAAUUCCCUGUUUUGUCAAUACUUGAUGUUAUAAAAGGGGUUGACCACUAGGUGGCUAACUAUUGCCAGCAAACAACAAACUUCACUCAGUGAAGUCAUCAGUCAAAUAAUGUUAAUGAUAAUAUAUAAUAAUCCCCUCAAGAGUGACAGUGCAUGUUUAAUCUCAAAAGAGAAGGGGGGGGGGUUGUUUGUUUUAGUUCUUGAGUUUAUUAGCAGAUGGAAGCUCCGUCUUUUUUUUAAUGCUGUUUCUGGGUGGAGUGUGUGUGUGAGAGAGUAUGUGUUCAUUCUUUUUUCAGAGAUCUACUGGAAAGAAUAAAUAAUACAAGGGUCAAACAAAGCCAGAGAUGGCUGUUUGCUUUAUUGUAAUGUUUCUCCCUUAUGUCUCUGUGCCUGCUGGUAGAUCUUGUUACUGACUUCCAAAACUCAUAGGGCUACUACUUCAUCCAUUGAAUCAAAAGAUACAAAGUAGGAGACCAUCAGUGUGUCCCAAUUGGUCAGUUCUGUGAUUUCACAUCUGGCGUUAAUGUCUUUCGGGUUUAUGGCCAUGGGAGGGCAGUAGAGUUCCACGUUUCUCUGGCCAUCCCUGCCAGACGCUGAAACUCACCAGCCCCCUGGCUCUGUUGCAAGGCAUAAUUCAACACAGAUUUCAUCCUAUAAAUGUUCUUUAGUCAGUGUGUUGUUCUCAGUUUACUUUUGUACCUGGGUUUUGUUCAAAUGCAGAAUACAAAAAUGUCACUGGUCUUUACAGGCUGGGGUUUUGCUGGGGUUAUUUGUUAUAGUUUUAACAGAAUAAUCAUAACUUCACUUUUAAGACAAUUGAUGACGUGAUGUGACUUUUAACUGUAACUUACUGUAGUGUGUUUUUUUUUCAUGUCCAGUGUCUUGGAUGCUUCUUCACAAAAAAAAAACUCCAGUUUGUGUUUGCUGGUUUUCAUAGUUCUGAACAUCAUUGCUAACAGUUAUGAAAAAAAAUAUCAACAUAGUUAUUAUUUGUAUGCUCCCAAAUACUGGCAGCAAAUAGUAACACAAAAUUUGUUUGACUUUGCUUGACUUUUGCUGGAUGUUUUUAUUUUAAUUCUUAAAAUGUGAAUUGUGUCCAUCUAUUAUUUCACAUCCAUGUUGUUUUCCAAUGACUUGUAAUUGUCACAGAUCAACCAUAUACAAUAGUACAAAUCUUCACACACAGUUGCAUUGCAUUUGUCUUCUACCAACAGGUGAAACUGCAUACACCCAGACCAAGUAGCUCUAGAGCAGAACCUUAAUGCCUUUUCACGUAGUCUUUGUUGCCACUAAGGCCUAGAUGUUCGUUUUUCUCUCCAGUAAAAUGUGUUAUAAUUUUGUAUGCGUUUCUCAUGUAUAAUGACCAUUUUUUUCUUUCUCAAUAUAUCUCUCAUUCUCUUUUGUCAGCCCUACUGUCAGGGGGUGCUAAAUCCUGAUAAAUUAAAGCUCUUUAAUUAUUUAAA